AUGUGCUGUGAGAAAUAUGUUCUACAGAAAUACAAUUAUACACAUAAGCCAUCAAUAUUCUCCAUGAUGAGUGGAUUACAGUCGAAUACUUUUGAUAAUAUCAUCCUUUUAUGUGAUUCAUACAAAGUGAGUCACUACUCUCAGUAUCCUGCUGGUACAGAAUUCAUUUACUCAUAUUUUGAAAGCCGUGGUGGGAGAUUUCCCAAUUCUGUAUUUUUUGGAUUGCAGUAUAUUUUGAAGAAAAAUUUAGUUGGUCAAGUAAUAACACAUGAAAAAAUUGAUGAGGCGAAAUCCAUUUUACUGAGCCAUUUCGGUAGAGAUAUUUUCAAUGAAGAAGGAUGGAGAUACAUUGUUAAUCACCAUAAAGGUUAUUUACCAAUUAUUAUUAAGGCAGUACCUGAAGGUACGUUGGUGCCUACAAAAAAUGUCUUAAUGACUGUUGAAAAUACUGAUCCAAAAUGUUACUGGCUUACUACGUAUCUUGAGACUAUAUUAGUACAGGUUUGGUAUCCGAUGGCUGUAGCAACAAAUUCACGAGCAAUGAAACAAAUUAUUGUUAAGUAUCUUCAUGAAACUGCAGAUGAAUUUUCUACUGAAUUUAGACUUCAUGACUUUGGAUUCCGAGGCGUCUCCUCCAUUGAAUCUGCUGCAAUUGGUGGCACUGCACAUUUAGUGAAUUUCAAAGGGACUGAUAGUUUGGUUGCCUUGUUAUUCGCCAGAAGGUAUUAUAAUUGCCCGACAGCUGGAUUCAGUAUACCGGCCACAGAACACAGUGCAAUGACUGUAUGGGGUGAAGAGAAUGAAACAAAUGCAUAUUCGAAUUUACUCAAUUUGUAUCCUGAUGGAACGUUUGCCUGUGUGUCCGAUAGUUAUGAUAUAUGGAAUGCAUGCAGUAAUAUAUGGGGUGAGGCACUACGUGAUAAGGUUAUAAAUCGUAAUGGUACAGUUGUUAUACGACCGGAUUCAGGUGAUCCAGUUGUAAUUAUGCCAAAAGUAUUAGAUAUUUUAGGCAGCAAGUUUGGUUAUAAAAUUAAUUCUAAAGGUUACAAAGUUCUACCAUCGUGUAUACGAGUUAUACAAGGUGAUGGUGUUUCAUUAGAAUCAUUAGAUCCUAUUCUGAAUAGUAUCAAGACAGCUGGUUGGAGUGCUGAAAAUGUUAGUUUCGGAAGUGGUGGUGCAUUAUUACAACGUUUAAAUCGUGAUACACAGAAAUGUGCUUUCAAAUCAAGUUUUGCUAUAGUUAAUGGUCAUAAGAUUCAAGUAUCCAAACAUCCAAUUACUGAUCCACAAAAAAAUUCGAAAAAAGGUCGUUUAACAUUAGAAAAAUGUCCAAUAACUGGAAUACUUAUGACGGUAGAAGAAGGUUGUGGUAGUCCAUAUAAUGAUUUACUUAUCCCAGUUUAUGAAAAUGGAGUUUUAUUAAAAGAUUAUACACUGGAUGAAAUACGUGAACGAAUUGAAAAGUAUCCACUUGAAGAUUGACAUAUAUUUGUUUGUUUGUUUUCUUUUUUUUUUUAAAUUAAUAUCUCUUAGUAUUCAUUAUUGUUAUUCUUCUGAUUAUUGAUUACUUAUCAAUGAUUACGUAACAAAUUUAAAAUGAAUAGCAAUAUGAUUACUUUACUGCCCAGGUAUUUUCCCUUUUACUAAUCAAUUUGCACCAUUUCCCGGUACAGUUUUACCCCUUUCUAUUUCCUUUUUUUUUUGUAAACAUAUGUAUGUAUGUAUGUAUGUAUGUAUGUAUGUAUGUGUGUGUGUGUGUGUGUAGAUGAGUAAAUCAAGAUAUUAUUAUUUUCUUGUUGAAACUAUUACAGAAUAUGUAUACAUACAAAUAUUCCAUUUGUAAUUGUUCUUUAAGUGAUUUCUUAUAAAUAAUCAAGUGAAAUACUACUAAAUAUUAUCAUAAUAUCAGAAUUGUUUUAUGGAUACUAAUGGUUGAGAUCAUGAGACAUUUGAAGCUGGAAGCUUUCAGGUUUUCCCUGGUGGUCUAGCUUCAAUUGACACAUGAUUUCAACUAUUGAAAGUAUUAUAUAAUCAUUUCAUAAAGCACUUCAUUUUGUGCAUAUUCACAUAUAUAUAUGAUUAGAAAUAGAGUUUUUUUUAUAAUAUGAAAUAUCAUCUUAUUUAUUAGAUGAUAUUAAAUAAGUAGUAUAUAAUAGAUUUGAAUAAAAUUAUUCUUAUUAGUUGUUAACUCUCGAAAUGAAAUGUAACAAGUCUUUAAUGUUUGUCUUUUUCUUUAUUGCUUAUCAUCUUGAUUACCUAAUGAAAGUGUAUUCCUAAUAAACAUUGAAACGAUAGAGUUUUCUUUUGUUUUCUUUUUGCUCAAUGAUUGAAAUCUUCUUGGAGUAUGAUUUAUUAUAUGGAGUUCCCAUUUUUGUUUUUUUUUGUUUUUGUUGUUUUUCUAAUAGAAAAUUUGUUAUUUGUAUACUUGAUCCUUGUAUUUAAUAUUUCAUAUUUGCUAAUUAGUCUCCCCCUACCACCCUCCCUCCCUACGCGUCAACACACAUACAUAUGUAUAUAUGCAUAAAAUAAUAGUAAAGUGAUGUAUAAAUGAAGGGGGAGGGGGAGGAAGAGGGGAAGGAGGCUAAUUUCCUUCUUCUUCUUCUUCUGGUUUGUAUUCUGUUUGUUUGUUUGUUUUUUCUAGAAAAAAAUUUCUUUAUUUUUUGAUGAACAGAGUAUGAAAACGAGAAAAUAAAAUAAAAUGAUUGUAAACAAGUUAUAUUUAUUUGUUUCUUUUCUUUUUUUCGAAAUUAAAUAAACUUCAUUAUUAGUGUUU